GUGACAUCCAAACAUAUAUAAGACGGCUAUGAUCCUUAACAUCCUUGUACCCAAAUCACCAUGUCUCUUUUAUCUCAGCUUCCACCUUCUGGCUACGCGAUUCUAGGCGUUGCUGGCAUAUUCGUAGCUCAUUUCCUUCCCUGGCUUGUCGAUCCUCAUGGUUAUAGGAGGUAUCCUGGCCCUGUUUUGGCACAGUUCAGUGAUAUCUGGCUGCUAUGGGCUGCUAUGUCUGGUCACCGCUCGGAGAAGAUUCAUGAACUGCAUGAAAAAUAUGGCCCUAUAGUUCGUAUCGCACCCAAUCAUCUUUCCAUAGCGACUUCUUCUGCUCUUCAAACCGUUUACGCGCACGGAAAUGGUGCACUCAAGUCACCGUUUUAUGAUGCAUUCGUUUCUAUCCAACGUGGACUUUUCAAUACUCGCGAUCGUGUUGAACAUGCUCGCAAACGCAAGAUCGUGUCACAUAUCUUCUCUCAGAAGAGCGUUGUCGAGUUCGAGCCUCACGUUCGGAUGUACGUUGGUCAGCUUCUGGAUCAAUGGGAGCGUUUGUGCAACAAGGCUGUUAAGGGCGAAUCAGGUCAAGAAGGAGACGGUUGGUUUGGAAAAGAUGGCAGGUUAUGGCUAGACUGCUUACCCUGGUGCAAUUAUCUUGCCUUCGACAUCAUCGGUGAUCUGGCUUUUGGUGCACCAUUCGGCAUGCUCGUCGCCUGCAAGGACAUCGCUCCCGUUCCCGUUGACCAAAAGGCCUGCAUGGACACUUAUGGACAGGAUCACCAACCAACUCAGCAGAAGGAGAUUCCGGCGGUAAAAGUUAUCAACGGCCGCGGUGACUUUUCUGCUUCCAUGGGCGUCAUUCCACCCUGGUUGCGUCCUCUGGCAAAGAAGUCGCCAUGGUUCAAACAAGGUGGAGAAGACGUCAAGACACUUGCAGGUAUCGCGAUCAUGGCUGUGGCAAAACGGCUGAAAACCGAGAGUGGCCGAAGCGACCUAUUACAGAAGCUCCAGAAUUCAAAAGACGAACACGGUAAUCCCAUGAGCAAAGGAGAAUUGACGGCAGAGGCUCUAACCUUACUCAUUGCCGGCUCUGAUACGACGUCCAACUCUACUUGUGCAGCCAUCUACUACCUCGCCACUAAUCAAUCAGCUCAAGCUAAACUUCAGCAAGAACUUGACGAGAACCUUCCUGGGGAACACACGGCGACGCUGGAAGCUGUAAAGAACUUGCCUUAUCUCCAAGCCGUUAUCAAUGAAUCCCUCCGUUUGCAUUCUACCUCCGCUCUCGGCCUCCCGCGAAUUGUUCCCGAAGACGGGAUGGCUGUACCUCUCAGCUUCUCUGACGACGGUCCUCAGGUGGAGUUGAAACCGGGCUCCAUCGUCAGCGUUCCUAGCUACACUAUUCAUCGUUCUGCCGAAAUCUGGGGCGAAGAUUACGAGUCCUUCAGACCUGAGCGAUGGAUUGAAGCGGAAGAGGAGUGGAAGGAUAUUCAAGCCAAGGGAGGAGAGGAUAAGAAUUCAAAGUACCGGCUCUUCCAGCAGACAUUCAACCCCUUCAGUGUUGGACCACGAGCGUGUGUUGGGAAAAAUUUGGCGAAUCUGGAGUUGCAAAUUAUCGUCGCUUCGAUUUUGAGGAAGUUCCACUUUGUUAUGAAGAAUGAGGGAGAGCAAUUGUCAACGAGAGAAGGAUUCUUAAGAAAGCCGUUGCAUUGUGGUGUCGGGAUUAAGAAACGGGAUGUUAUUGAUAUUUAAAAUACAUAUAUCUGUGUUAGGAUUACAACAGUUAUGUUGUUUUUUCUUUGGUUUGGGAUUAUGUAUGUGUGUAUCCUACUAGGCAACUGUAAUAUAACAAUUCAACACAAAAAUAGUGAUGAUAACCCGUGUUCGCCGUGAUACCUGUAUGUAAAGGGUUAGUUCGUAGUCUGUCUGUUACAGUAGAGUAGCGGGAAGAAUUCAAAGCAGUUGGGAAGCCUAUCAGAAUUCGGGAGAAGCUUUUCGAGAUGCAGUGGGCCAGAGUCUCAGUCAAUACAGCUGAAGUAGGGGCGGUUUGC